AUGGGCUAUGGCUUUGACAAUUCCUGGUGGGGAGGUGCCCUGGGACUGUCACCUUUUGGCAAGAAAUAUGGCUCCUGGAUGAGGCCUCCAACGACUGGAGUAUUCCAUCCGAAAAGCAGUCUGCUGGCACGGGAACAGGUCCUGCGGGUAUCAUCCUCGGCUGUCUGGUUGCCCCGUGGCUGUGCUCCAACCUUGGUCGCCGACCGACUUUGCUCGUCAGGCUGGCUUCCUGACUCUAGGUAUUGUAUUGGAGGCCACUGCUCUCACGUCCUUUUGGCAGUUGGUAGUUGGUCGCAUUGUGGUCUACUCGGGUAUUGGUUUGGUAUCCAAUGUGGUUACAUGUACCAAUCUGAGUGUGCGCCCGCAAAGUUUCGAGGAAUCAUCUGUCCCUACCCCUUCCUCCCUGAAACGCCUCGCUUCCUCGUUUACCGCGGCCGUUUUGCAGAAGCUGAGACUGCAAUCAAGGAUCUAUAUGGGCCCAAUUAUAAUGCAGCAGAAGAAGUGCAGCUCCUGCAGCUCCAGGUGGAGGAGCAGCGUGAGCUUCACAAGGCGACAAGCGUGAUAGACUGCUUUAAGGGAACGAACCUGCGACGCACCAUCAUUGCAAUGGGCGUUCAGAUUCUACAACAGGCCCAAGGUGUCUCUUUAUCAAACAAUUUCAUUGUGACCUUCAUGAAGCAGUUUGGCUUCGCCGACCCGCUGAAAUACGACGUGAUCGUUAUCGCUUGCGGCCCCGUCGCCAGCGUGAUUUCUUUCUACACCUUUGACAAGAUUGGCCGACGUUCCAACGUGUUUUGGGGUGUAUUCGCCAUGGCCGCGAUGAUGCUGGGCGUCGGAGGUACCACCGCACACGGCUACAGGGUUCGUUCAAAGAUGACGCAAUAUGGUUGCGUUGCCAUGCUUGUUCUUUGGUACUUCUUGUACGGUCUCUCCUGGGGACCCGGUGUGUGGAUUCUGGGUGGAGAGAUUAGGUUCGGCCAGUUGCGCGAGCACACCCUGCUCCUGUCAUCACUGGAAAGUUUCGUUACCUCGGUUCCCAUCAACUUCGUCAACCCGUACGUCCAAGCCGCGAUUGGCGGCCGAACUGCGCUUAUUUACGGCAGCUUCUCUGUUGCUGCUAUGGCGUUCACCAAGGACCGAUCUCUGGAGGAACCGGAUGAAAUGUUCCAGCAGAGAAUCUCAACGCGCAAGUUCAAGAGUCAUAUUUGUACUGGAAUGGGUGCCCAGAUUACACAAUUGGAAAACAAGGAGGAUGAGAGUGAGAAGACGAAGGUUGAGCAUGUCGAGUCUGCGAUCUAG